CGCCGCGUGCGCAAGGGUGAAAAGUUUGGACCUUUUGCUGGAGAGAAGCGGAUGCCUGAAGACUUGGAUGAAAAUAUGGACUACCGACUGAUGUGGGAGAGGGUUGGAGAUGUAGUGACAAAUCAGACUGCAAGGUUGCUGCUGCUGGAGAAAGGAGUCAUAAGGAGAUUUAAACUGUAGAGCAGUGCAGUCUAAUCCACAUCAACAAGUGUCUGCCCCUGACGUACAGCUGGAGUGAGGGCUUUCCAUCACAGCAAUAGGACCAACAGCCAAACAGUGAUGCACUUAACUAUAGAGAGCACUUAAAGGACAGAGAUGGGAUGAGGGAAUGCCCUCCAUUUCCAAUCCUGAUGAGAUGACUUGUGUUGUCUAUGAUGUUUACUCCUAGGUCUUUGCACACUAUAUCUAAAAUGUUCGUGGGAGCAAGGGAGAAGUUCUGUAUAUUUUGGAUGCUACCAACCCGAGACACUCCAACUGGCUUCGCUUUGUCCAUGAGGCACCGUCUCAGGAGCGGAAGAACCUGGCUGCCAUUCAAUGAUGCUGAGACAGAGGAGGAGGAGCAACAAUCUCUGACCGUGACCAAAGAAGGCAAAGUUGAGCACUCUAAGGGACAGUCGGCAGCUGCAAGCAAAGGUCACUCUGAAGAGGACUAUGCCUGUCCACAGUGUGAAUCGAGCUUUUCCAGUGAGGAGAUCCUUAGUGAACACCGUCAGACCUUCCACCAGAAACCCACGGGGGAGAAAGAGUUCAAGUGCGAGAGCUGUGGGAAGAAGUUCCCUGUGAGGCAGGCCUUGCAGAGACAUUUUGAGCAACACCAGAAGGCUUGCCGAGGGGAUGCAAGGUUUGUGUGCAAGGUCGACAGCUGUGGGAAGAGGCUGAAAAGCAAGGACGCCCUGAAAAGGCACCAGGAAAAUGUCCACACUGGUGAUCCUAAGAGAAAACUCAUAUGCUCCGUGUGUAAUAGAAGGUGCACUUCAUUGUCAAGCCUGCAGGAGCACAGGAAGAUUCAUGAGAUAUUUGAUUGUCAAGAAUGUAUGAAAAAGUUUAUUUCUGCUAAUCAGCUGAAACGUCACAUGAUCACUCACUCAGAAAAGCGACCUUAUAACUGUGAGAUCUGUAACAAAUCAUUCAAGAGGCUUGAUCAAGUGGGUGCCCACAAAGUAAUCCACAGUGAAGAUAAACCCUAUCAGUGCAAGCUUUGCGGAAAGGGAUUUGCUCACAGAAACGUUUACAAGAACCACAAGAAGACCCAUUCUGAGGAGAGGCCAUUUCAAUGUAACGAAUGUAAAGCCUUGUUCCGCACUCCAUUUUCUCUGCAAAGACACCUGUUAAUCCACAACAGUGAAAGGACUUUCAAAUGUCAUCACUGCGAUGCCACAUUUAAAAGGAAGGACACAUUAAAUGUUCAUGUCCAAGUGGUCCAUGAAAGACACAAGAAGUACCGAUGUGAGCUGUGCAAUAAGGCCUUUGUUACACCAUCAGUGCUCAGAAGUCAUAAGAAAACACACACAGGAGAAAAGGAGAAAGUCUGCCCAUAUUGUGGCCAGAAAUUUGCCAGCAGUGGGACACUGAGAGUUCACAUCCGGAGCCACACAGGUGAGCGUCCCUAUCAAUGCCCUUACUGUGAAAAAGGAUUCAGUAAAAAUGACGGACUGAAGAUGCACAUUCGUACUCACACCAGGGAGAAGCCAUACCAGUGCUCAGAGUGCAGCAAGGCCUUCAGCCAGAAGCGGGGCCUAGAUGAGCACAAGAGGACACACACAGGAGAAAAGCCUUUUCAGUGUGAUGUUUGUGACUUGGCUUUUAGCCUGAAGAAAAUGCUCAUCCGACACAAGAUGACUCACAAUCCCAACCGCCCGAUGGCAGAAUGCCAUUUUUGUCAUAAGAAGUUUACAAGGAAUGACUACCUCAAAGUGCAUAUGGACAAUGUCCAUGGCGUAGCGGACAGCUGAUGGUAGUUGUCAAGGACCCAACCAUCAGUGUCCAUGGUGUAGGGGACAGCUGACAGAGGUGUCACGAACCAAACCAUGUGGAAGGGUUUCUACUAUGAAUCCCAGAUUCUUCUCACCUAAUCAGCUUAACAGAAAUAACCACAAUCAGUGCAUUGAUCUCACAGUACUCAUUUGCCUAUCUCUGGAAUUUAUAGAUGGACAUGCAAACAAAAACUUUACUUUUACCAAAAAGAAAUGCAAAUGAAAAAAUACUUUGUAGCUUCAAAAUGCUUUAGGUUAUGCUUGUGUUCUGGCUGAUUAAAAACUAAACACAAAAA